AUUAACUGGCCUUGUGUAAUUUUUUGUACAAUCUAUUGGUGGUGUGGUUAUUGAAUGAAUUGCCGCCUUGGCGCCUUCUGCAUUUAUCUUUAAAAUAGUGAAUAACUACUUAGCUUGGAUCAUUUUAUAAUUUACGGAAGGCGUUAACCUUUCCAUUUCUCUAGUCUUAUAGGAUUUUUUCAAUUGCACGUCUCUACAAACCACCAAAAUGUUUUGGGGACUGAUAAUGGAACCGAACAAGCGGUACACCCAAGUGGUGGAAAAGCCGUUCCACAUUUCACAGGCAGCUAUGGACAUCUCAACAGGGGACAAUGACGCAUGCCAAGUCAUGGUGGUGGUUGAUGGAAAAAAUUUCCUUGUGUGUACCCUGCAGAAGAAUAAGAGCAUCCAAGUACCCUUAGACCUUUACUUUAAGACCGGAGAUGCUGUUUCAUUUUUGACAAAUGGUAAGGGUAAAUGCAAUGUUCACUUAACUGGUUAUCUGGAUCCUGAGUUUGAGGAGGCGUCAGAGGAUGAAGAAGGGGAAGAGGAAGAGGAGGAAGAAGAGGCUCCAGCACUCGUCCCUGCUAAGAAUAAAAGGAAACUGGACAAUGCUGUUGAAGGAAGUGCUACUAAGAAAGCUAAGCAAGACAAAAAAGCAGCCAAGAAAGGAGUAACAGCAGACAGUUCAGAUUCUGAUGAUGAAGGUGUGGACCAGUUGCAAAAGUUCUUAGAGGGAGAGGACAUUGACACUGAUGAGAAUGAUGAUUCAUUCAAAGUUAAUAGCUCUGCUGAGGUAGAUUCAGAUAGUGAUGAGGAAGAAUCUGAUGAAGAAGGCGAAGAGGGUGAAGAUGAUGAGGAUGAGGAAGAGGAAGAUGACUCUGACAAGGCAGACACAACCUUAGAGACAAGCAAAGAGGAGAAAGAUAUUGACACAUCCAAAAUGACCAAGUCACAGAAACGAAGACUUAAGAAGAAACUCCAAAAACAAAAGCAAGAGCAGAAGGAACCUCAAGUUAAUGGCAUUGAUAAGACCAAGAAAGAGAAACCAGCUGAACAGCAAAAAGCUAAAAAGGAAAAAGGUGAAGCAAAAAAGGAAGCACAGCCUGUUGAGAAAAAAGAAAAGAAGUCACUCAGUGGUGGAGUCUCCAUUGAAGACUUAAAAGUAGGGUCUGGACCAGUGGCUAAACCUGGAAAAGUGGUUAUGGUAUACUAUGAGGGCAAGCUGAAGCAGAACAACAAGAUGUUCGACAACUGCCAGAAGGGACCCGGGUUCAAGUUCAAAUUGGGUGCUAAAGAGGUCAUCUCUGGCUGGGAUGUUGGUGUCGCGGGGAUGAAGGUUGGCGGCAAGAGGAGGAUCGUCUGUCCGCCUGCGAUGGCGUAUGGUGCUAAAGGAUCUCCGCCAGUUAUUCCACCUAACUCAACCCUAGUAUUUGAAGUUGAAUUAAAGAAUAUUAAAUAAAUUGACUGUUGAGACGAGACUGUUUGUAUUGUGUCAAGGACAUUGGAACAAGUUGUUUCAUAAUUUGUAGGGUUGCCAUCAGGAAAUGCUUUAAAGCAUGUCUUCUAUACAGCUAAUAUGAAUUACUUAGAAUAUUUAGAAUUUUAUUUUUUUUAAAUGUUUACUCCAAUUUUUUUACCUGUCAUUUAAACUAAAUAAACAUUCUUUUCAGUAUGUUUUUAGUGAAGUGUUUUCUAAAAUAGAAAAAACAAGUGUGUUCACAUAAAUAAAAAUUUCUAUAUGUA